CGCUGGUCCCCAGCUGUCGGUGCGGCAGACUGGGGUGUCCUGCAGAGUGGAGAUGUGAGCAGCCCUCAAGAUGGACUGUCUUCCCCUCUGUCUCUCCUGCCCCUGCAGCUAAGUCAGGGGGUUCAGGCUUGAAAGGCCAAAGGAGGAUUUAGUCCCGGCUUGGACGGGAGAAGUGGGUAAGAAUGCCUGGGAACAGGACACGGCUGCCUGUCAUCUGCCGUGCCACAGACAAUGUGGGGUCCCAUCAGACGUGAUGGGGCCGGACGGAUAUUCCCAGCCUCCGCCUCGUCCCCCUCCACCUCCUCCUCAGCGCCCACCCGGCCGGGGCGUCUGGGCACCGCAGCCAGAGCAACCCCUGCUUUGGUGGCAGCUGCUAGUCCUCGCCGGGCGGCGGGAUCGUCGUCCGGGCAGCUUCGGGCAAGAGCCGAGGGCAGCGGUGACUCCCCGGUCCUCAUCAUCCACCGCCCAGGAACCUCGGGACAGCAGCGUCUAGAGUACAGGGGCCGCAUAGUUACCACAGGGCAGGCCAAGGAGGAGGGGGAUCCCAGCCCCCAGCCCCAAGACCCUGAGGCUCCAGCUCAGCCCACUGCCCAGCCGGACGCCCAGCCAGAGCCCCGGGCUGAGGGGGAGCCCCCCAGAGCCACCCGAGAGCCCAGCCCGGAGGUCAGCUGCUGCGGCCUCUGGCCCAGGCGGUCUCCCACUGCCCAGAACUGAGGCCACCACUAGCCCCUGCCCCAUGUCCCCUUCUCACGAGUGCCCACAGGGAGACUGUCCAGCUGCCCACGCGUACUCCUGAGGACCUCAGGGACCCCGGACCGUAGGCCUGUACCCUGCAGUGUCCUCUGUCCUCAGCCCCCCAAGUGUAGCUGCUAAUCUUCGCGGGGUACCCUUCUUGGGCUCUCCAGACAAACCGCAUCCCAGGAAAAACAGGUUUUAUUUUACAUCCAAGACAGACUUGAAAUCCAUCAAUAAAACAAGAGAAGACA